UAAUUUAUUGGCUGUCCUCACUUUGAUUUGUUCCACUUUCAGUCUUCAUCUGUUUGUCUCUCUCCUUUGGCAAUCUCCUAGUCCUCAACGCGUUUAAUGAAUUUUCUAAUUACUUUUUUGAAAUUUUAGUUGCUUCCCUCGUUUUCUCCAUUGAAAACCUGGCAUAAAAUAUUUGAUAUUCUUUUGAGCUGAUCAUUCUCACAUAUUUUAAAACGACUACGUUAGAAGAUCAUGUUUAGUGCUAAAGUGCUUGCUUAAUUGUCUCUCAUUGCCUGUUCUGGCAAUCUGUACUCUGCUGUGCAAGCGAACAAAUUCUAGUUCACUCCGAGCCGGCGUCGAAUAUUAUGAGAAUUUUUUUUUUUUUUUUUUAUGAUUAAUUAAUGUUGAUUAGUCCAGGUUGAAGGUGGUGUUAUAUUUAAGAUCAUUUGGUUUUAUUGGAUGGUACAGCUGUGGUUAGUUUAAGGUCGUUAGGAUUUUGGCUAUCCCUAAUGGAGAUGAGUUUGUUUGAAUCGAAGUCUAUGUCUGUAUCUGUAUCUGAGAUGGUUCAGAUGGGAAGAAGAUUGUAUUUGAACCCGUUUUCGAGUUCCCGGCACAUACCAGCUGCUGUUAAAUUCUCUCCACACUUGUGUUCUUGCACAGGGUUCGGUCUCAAAGCUUGUUAUUCUUCUGAGCCUUCUAGUUCAAGCAAUAGGUAUCUGUCAGUUAACGCUAUUGGAUCAGUUGGUGGAGAUAAACUUGCAGCUGAUACUCGUUUGUUUCAAAUAAUUAAUGGAACGAAUGGCUCAAGACCGAAUCUGUAUUCUACAGAGAUAAGGGUACUUGAUGCUUUUGAUGAUGAGUAUGGCGGAGUUAUCGUUGAUCCAGAACGAUUACCAGAAAACCCAAAUGCCUUUGCUUGUAUCCUACAUUCCUCACUCUCGCGUUGGAAAAUGGAGGGAAAGAAGGGAAUUUGGCUAAAGCUGCCGGUAGAAAAAGCUGAGCUUGUUCCGGUUGCUGUUAAGGAAGGCUUCCAAUACCACCAUGCUGAACGAGGUUAUGUGAUGUUGACAUACUGGAUCCCGGAAGGACCUUGCAUGCUUCCUGCCAAUGCAUCACAUCAAGUAGGGGUUGGAGGAUUCGUCAUCAAUGACAAUAAUGAGGUUCUUGUCGUACAAGAGAAAUAUUGUUCUCCGACAUGCGAAGGCUUUUGGAAAUUACCUACCGGCUUCAUCCUUGAGUCAGAGGAGAUAUUCGCAGGAGCUGUGAGAGAAGUUAAGGAGGAAACCGGGAUUGAUACCGAGUUCGUUGAAGUUAUAGCGUUCAGGCAUGCUCACAAUGUAGCUUUUGAAAAGUCAGAUUUGUUCUUCAUCUGCAUGUUACGACCGCUAUCAACUGAGAUUAUAGUUGAUGAUCUUGAAAUUCAAGCAGCCAAGUGGAUGCCCCUAGAUGAAUUUGUCGAGCAACCACUGAUACAAGAAGAUUCCAUGUUCAAGAAGGUCAUUUCUAUAUGCAUUGCGCGGCUGGGGAAGCAUUACUGCGGUUUAUCUUCUCAUCAAGUGGUCUCCAAAUUUGAUGGCAGGUUGUCUUCCUUGUACUAUAACGUUGUUGACACUCAAGAUUCCAACUGUUCAACCUGUUGAAAGAAGGCCUGCUCAAUCUCAGUACUGCCCAAAAAUCUCAGUAAUGCAACUAGUUGGGCAUCAUUAUUGUAACAAAGUUUCAAACAAAUGCUUCUUCAUUUUUUUUCUUUAGUUUUCUGAUGUAUAUAGAAAAUGUCUUCUAACUAAAUAAAAUGCCUAACCCCCAAAUGUUACUAAAAAA